UACGGUGGGCCGGGUGCUGGGGGUAGGGACGGGUAGGGUGUCCCGGAUCCUGCGACCAUCUCCCGCCCCUACUUCCGGGGCCGCCACUUUCACUUUCUCUUCCGCCGAAACUGCUCCCCUCCUUCCGACUCACUGGGGCUGGAAGGCUGGGAGCUUGGCUGAAGUCACGGAAGCCGGGGCGCUCCCAGCGGGGAGAAGUGGGGGCCCUGCCUGGGGCUUCCCAGCGUCCCGGCGGUGCGGUGUCGCCCCGCCAAUACCAGGCCUGUCCCGUUUUUUUCGGUCGCCCAUUGCGGGCUUGGCUCGGUGCCUCCUGCCUUUUCAUCUCCCACGCAGGGUCCCGGCUUGUCCCCUAUCCCAGGCCCCGUCCCCGAUCCUCGGGGAGUGUGAUGCCACCGACUGCUGCAGGGGACACCGAGGCACAAAGAGGGCUCAGGCCACGCUGGAGGCCCCUGGCCGGGGCUGAAUUGCUCCUGAUCGCUUGCCCUCUGCCUAGUGACCUGGAGAUAGCAUUUCCCCGGAGCUAGAGCCCCCUCCUGGGGUGAUGGGAGCAACCACGCCAAAUGGACGAGAAGACCAAGAAAGCCGAGGAGAUGGCCCUGAGACUUGCCCGAGCAGUGGCAGGCGGGGAUGAGCAGGUGGCUAUGCAGUGCGCCAUCUGGCUGGCAGAGCAACGCGUACCCCUGAGAGUGCAACUGAAGCCUGAGGUGUCCCCAACACAGGACAUCAGGCUGUGGGUGAGUGUGGAGGACGCUCAGAUGCACACUGUCACCAUCUGGCUCACAGUGCACCCUGACAUGACAGUGGCUUCCCUCAAGGACAUGGUGUUCCUGGACUAUGGCUUCCCGCCGGCCCUGCAGCGGUGGGUGAUCGGGCAGCGGUUGGCCCGGGACCAGGAGACCCUGCACUCCCAUGGGGUGCGGCGGAAUGGUGACAGUGCCUACCUCUACCUGCUGUCAGCCUGCAACACCUCGCUCAGCCCUCAGGAGCUGCAGCGGGAGCGCCAGCUGCGGAUGCUGGAGGAUCUGGGCUUCAAGGACCUCACGCUGCAGCCCAGGGGCCCACUAGAGCCGGCUCCCCCGAAGCCUGGGGUCCCGCAGGAGCCAGGGCGGGGGCAGCCUGACGCUGCUCCUGAGCCCCCACCGGUGGGCUGGCAGUGUCCUGGCUGCACCUUCAUCAACAAGCCCACGCGUCCUGGCUGCGAGAUGUGCUGCCGGGCGCGCCCCGAGACCUACCAGGUCCCUGCCACGUACCAGCCGGACGCCGAGGAGCGAGCACGGCUGGCGGGCGAGGAGGAGGCGCUGCGCCAGUACCAGCAGCGCAAGCAGCAGCAGCAGGAGGGGAACUACCUGCAGCAUGUCCAGCUGGACCAGAGGAGCCUGGUGCUGAACACCGAGCCCGCCGAGUGCCCCGUGUGCUACUCGGUGCUGGCGCCCGGCGAGGCUGUGGUGCUGCGGGAGUGUCUGCAUACCUUCUGCAGGGAGUGUCUGCAGGGCACCAUCCGCAACAGCCAGGAGGCGGAGGUCGCCUGCCCCUUCAUUGACAACACCUACUCCUGCUCAGGCAAGCUGCUGGAGAGGGAGAUCCGGGCGCUGCUGAGCCCCGAGGACUACCAGCGCUUUCUGGACCUGGGUGUCUCCAUCGCUGAGAACCGCAGUGCCUUUAGCUACCACUGCAAGACCCUGGACUGCAAGGGGUGGUGCUUCUUUGAGGAUGAUGUCAAUGAGUUCACCUGCCCCGUGUGUUUACGCGUCAACUGCCUGCUCUGCAAGGCCAUCCACGAGCAGAUGAACUGUAAGGAGUACCAGGAUGACCUGGCCCUGCGGGCUCAGAACGACGUGGCCGCCCGGCAGACGACAGAGAUGCUGAGGUCCAUGCUGCAGCAGGGCGAGGCCAUGCACUGCCCGCAGUGCCAGAUCGUGGUGCAGAAGAAGGAUGGCUGUGACUGGAUCCGCUGCACCGUCUGCCACACCGAGAUCUGCUGGGUCACCAAGGGCCCACGCUGGGGACCGGGGGGCCCCGGAGACACCAAUGGGGGCUGCCGCUGCCGGGUGAAUGGGAGUCCUUGCCACCCCAGCUGUCAGAACUGCCACUGAGAUGAAGAUGGCCCGGUCCCCACGCUGACCCAGCCUCAUGUCCACAAGCUGCUGCGGGACAGGGCAGGUGCUUUGGCUCUGAUUUCUGGCCUGGGAGAUGCCUGUGUGCUGUGCUGAGACGGGCCCAGCAGAGGCCCACGCCCCUGGGCUGCAUGGGCGGCCUCGUUUGCUGUGUGUGUUGCAAGUGCCCUGCCGGAGCUGUCUGUUGUCCACAGCCGCCUCUGCCCCAGUGCCUUUGCCCUUCCCCUGGGGCUUGCUGGCCAGACCUCUCAUCUCUUCUGUGCGGCUCCCACUCCGCCUGGCCUAGCCUUAAACACAGCCCUGGCUAGAGGCCUUGCUGGAUGGAGCCUCUGGGAGCCUCACGGGAGUCCACCCUCUCACCCCCGUCCACCACCGUUUCCCACACCCGGGCACUCGCAGCCUGCCACUUCCCCUGCCGGCUCUCUGGGGCUGACUUUUCUCUGGCUUUGCUGUUGAAGGCCUGGGGCCUCUUAGAACUGCUGCUAAUCCCAUUCAGAGCCAAGAGGGAGACCAGGGAGCACACCCCCCUAGUCCAGAUUCCGCCUCUCCCUCUUUGCCGCUGGUGUAAGCCAAAUAAAAUGGUUUUCCAGGAAGG